CUGCGCCUUUCAGGGACUCUGAGGGUGGCGCCCUUAACGGCAUCUUGGCUCAAGUGGCAUUGAAAUUAGCUAGGAGUCUGAGCACUCUAGUGGAGCCAUUACGGCUCUAACCACACCGGUUUCAUCACCUAGAGAAGGAGGAGCCUGGCAUUUCUGGAAGCCGGAGGAGCAGCAUCAGAGACAGAGUACAAACUGGAGAAACGGUGGUCGAGGGACACUGGAAUACGACAUAAUAUUCUUAUUUUCAAUAUAGAAGCCAAUAUAUAUAUAUAUGGAUGCAUAUUUUACGAUAUAAGUAUGAAGCUCUUUGAUUUACCAUCAGGUAGCUGAGCUCUUUGCUCCUUGUGUUUUAUUUGCGGGGAUAUUCCAAACCAUCUGUGAUACGUUGGGUGUGCUCAGUGUUAUAACGGCACUAGCAAGCUAUUUCAAACGGUAAAAUAAAUCCAGAUAGCCAACCAUUUUAUAGCUAGCCAGCCAGCUAGCUUGCGGGGGAGCAAGCUGCCUACUCGGGUAGGGGUAUAAUCGGAUGCAUCGACCAAGAAGAGGCAUCUGGUAGGCUUUAACCAACGAUACAAUCUCUGUGCAUGCAAAGAGGAGUGUUUUGUGCGAACGAGUAAAAAAAAUCUCCGCGCGCUCGGCGUUGGUCGUCGGAUUAGCCAGUCUGGAGUGAAGGAGAAGGUGGGGCCGAGGAGUGUCAAAAACGGUCUGGCUAAGCCUAACGCAUGUAACGUUAGCUAGUUUAGCGCGCUAGCUGGCUAGCGGUAGCCACUCCAUCAGUUUUCCAUUUGGGAAAUUCAUUUUGGAAUCUAUUAUUCUUCGAGCAUUGGAAUUCUGAGACCUUGCAGGGGUAUUCCGCGGCGUUCCCCCUUUCCCUCAACGAGGAACAGUGGUGUACACUUGAGGCCAUCGGCUUCUCUACAAAUAAUACCGUGUUGGGCAGAUUUCACGGGGAUAGCAUCCCGGUUCGCUUUGGACCAUGGCGGACGACGACGUGCUUUUCGAGGAUGUCUACGAGCUGUGCGAGGUGAUUGGGAAGGGUCCCUUCAGCGUGGUGAGGCGAUGCAUCAACAGAGACACAGGACAGCAGUUUGCAGUGAAGAUUGUAGACGUGGCCAGUUUCACCUCCAGCCCUGGACUCAGCACAGAGGAUCUGAAGAGGGAGGCCAGUAUCUGUCACAUGCUGAAGCAUCCUCACAUCGUGGAGCUCCUGGAGACCUACAGCUCCGACGGCAUGCUCUACAUGGUCUUCGAGUUACACAGUAUGGAUACAGCAGACCUCUGUUUUGAGACUGUGAAGAGAGCUGAUGCUGGUUUUGUCUACAGCGAAGCCGUGGCCAGUCACUACAUGAGGCAGAUCCUGGAGGCCCUGCGGUAUUGCCAUGACAACAACGUCAUUCACCGCGACGUGAAGCCCCACUGCGUCCUGCUGGCGUCUAAGGAGAACUCUGCUCCGGUCAAACUGGGGGGGUUUGGAGUCGCCAUACAGCUGGGCGAGUCCGGACUAGUGGCUGGAGGUCGCGUUGGCACGCCCCACUUCAUGGCCCCGGAGGUGGUGAAGAGGGAGCCGUAUGGGAAGCCAGUGGACGUGUGGGGCUGCGGGGUCAUCCUCUUCAUCCUGCUGUCUGGCUGCUUGCCCUUCUACGGCACCAAGGAGCGCCUGUUCGAGGCCAUCAUUAAGGGGAAAUAUAAGGUAAUGAACCCCCGCCAGUGGAGCCACAUCUCGGAGAGUGCCAAGGACCUGGUGCGUCGCAUGCUCAUGUUGGACCCGGCAGAGAGGAUCACCGUCUACGAAGCCCUCAACCAUCCCUGGCUGAAGGAGAGGGACAGGUAUGCCUACAAGAUCCAUCUGCCUGAGACAGUGGAACAAUUGAGGAAGUUCAACGCCAGGAGGAAGCUCAAGGGGGCAGUGUUGGCAGCCGUUUCCAGCCACAAGUUUAACUCCUUCUACGGAGAUCCACCCGAGGAGAUGCCGGACUUCUCUGAAGACCCCACGUCUUCAGGACUGCUAGCUGCUGAAAGGGCAGUGUCUCAGGUGCUAGACAGCCUGGAGGAGAUCCACGCGUUGACGGACUGCAGCGAGAAAGAUCUGGAUUUCUUACACAGCGUCUUCCAGGACCAGCACUUACACACACUUCUGGAUCUCUAUGAUAAGAUCAACACCAGGUCGUCCCCUCAGAUCAGAAACCCCCCCAGUGACGGAGUACAGAGAGCCAAAGAGGUUCUGGAGACUAUCUCAUGUUACCCUGAAAACAUGGAGGCCAAGGAACUCCGGAGGAUCCUCACACAGCCACACUUCAUGGCCUUGCUCCAGACACAUGAUGUGGUGGCUCACGAGGUUUACAGUGAUGAGGCCCUGAGGGUGACUCCGCCCCCCACCUCACCCUACCUGAACGGAGACUCACCCGAGAGCACCAAUGGAGACAUGGACCUGGAGAAUGUGACCCGAGUUCGCCUGGUGCAGUUCCAGAAGAACACUGAUGAACCUAUGGGAAUCACUCUGAAGAUGAACGAUCUCAACCACUGCAUCGUAGCUCGUAUCAUGCACGGAGGAAUGAUCCACAGACAAGGUACGCUGCACGUCGGGGACGAGAUCCGAGAGAUCAACGGUAUCAGCGUGGCCAAUCAGACGGUAGAACAGCUCCAGAAAAUGCUGAGGGAGAUGCGAGGGAGCAUUACCUUUAAGAUCGUGCCUAGCUACCGGGCCCAGUCCAUGUCUUGCGAGGUAUGGACCGAUUCUCUUGUGUCUCUAGAAAAUCAGAAGGAGUCCCCUGACCUAUCCAGGCAGUCGCCAGCGAACGGCCACGCUAGCGUGACCAGCUCCAUCCUGGAUCUCCCCUCCACCAUCCAGCCUAAAGGACGACAGAUCUCCAGACCCGUCGUCAAGGACAAAAUGUCCAUAAAGAUAUAUGUGCGUGCUCAAUUCGAGUACGACCCCGCCAAGGACGACCUCAUCCCCUGUAAGGAGGCUGGAAUCCGCUUCCGGGUGGGGGACAUCAUCCAGAUCAUCAGUAAGGAUGACCAUAACUGGUGGCAGGGCAAGCUGGAGAACACCAAGAAUGGAACCGCAGGUCUCAUCCCUUCCCCUGAACUACAGGAGUGGCGUGUGGCGUGUAUCGCCAUGGAGAAGACAAAGCAGGAGCAGCAGGCCAGCUGUACCUGGUUCGGCAAAAAGAAGAAGCAGUACAAAGACAAGUACCUGGCCAAACACAAUGCAGUGUUUGACCAAUUAGACCUGGUCUCAUAUGAGGAAGUGGUCAAACUGCCUGCGUUCAAGAGGAAAACACUUGUGUUGUUGGGUGCCCAUGGAGUUGGUCGGAGGCACAUCAAAAACACACUUAUCACAAAACACCCAGACCGAUUUGCCUACCCCAUUCCUCACACAACCAGGCCUCCGAAGAAGGACGAGGAGAACGGGAAGAACUACUACUUUGUGUCACAUGACCAGAUGAUGCAGGACAUCAGCAACAACGACUACCUGGAGUACGGUAGUCACGAGGACGCCAUGUACGGCACGCGGCUAGAGACCAUUCGGCAAAUCCACGAACAGGGCAUGAUCUCCAUACUGGACGUGGAGCCACAGUCAUCUCCUGUUUCUCUUCAGGCACUCAAAGUGUUGAGGACGGCUGAGUUCGCUCCCUAUGUAGUCUUCAUCGCAGCUCCGACCAUCACCCCUGGAAUGAACGAGCUUCCCAAGUGGUGCAGGAAACUGCCUGACGACUCCCUUCAACGGCUGCAGAAGGAGUCCGAGGGACUCCAGAAGACCUACGCCCACUACUUUGACCAGACCAUCAUCAAUAACGAGAUUGACGACACCAUCCGCCUACUGGAGGAGGCCGUGGACCUAGUGUGUACCACCGCCCAAUGGGUCCCCGUUUCCUGGGUUUACUAACCCACGACCACGACUCCACCCCCAAAACAAUCCCCGGACCAGCUGUCGACCGACGUCAAACUCCGACUGUCGUCCCUCAUCCCCGAACCUCGACAAGCCUCGUUUCUUUUCUUUUACAAUGCGUCUGUGUGGAACGUCUCUUUGGAAACCUGUGGGGAUGAAGAAUAAUAAAGAAAAAAAGUACUGAAAUCACCUCUGGAACCUCAUCAGUCCCCCUGAAGAAAAGCAGUGACUUCUAACCCCUACCCCGCCCCUUUCUGUCGGCCUCAAUGGCACAUCAUUGUGUGUGUGUGUGUAUAUAUAUACAUAUAUAUAUAUAUAUAUAUAUAUAUAUAUAAUAGAAAAAUAAUGAAUAUGGUCCUGUUCUUAGAGUUGAAUGAAUGAAAGGAGACAUUGUAGACAUUUUGUACUUGGUUUUUGUAUGGUCGCAGAGACGGCAUGCCUGUCUGAGUGGAAAUGCUGAUGAGUUUGGGAAGACGUGACACUUUAACAGGUGUCUGCUGCCAUUGUCUACCUGGUAUAACGGAUGUCCCAUGACUGUCACUUGGAAGCGAGCUGCGUGCCCCCCGACCCCUUAGUCCUUUGGGUCGCGUCGUACCCCCCAGCACAGUGGCCGCUGUCGCAGUGGCACCACGUCCUACCGGGCGCAUAGAAAAGCACAGGAAACUCGGCAGCGACCACCCCGCCCCCAUCCACACCCUCUUAUUUUACCGCCCACUGUAUCUGUCAAUCAAAUCGCCGAAAGAGCACAUCUCCCGACGCCCCCCCCCCCCCAGUGUUCGAUUGGACUCCUCCUUCACGGCCUGCUGGUGGACAUCUCUGUCGGCACAAUAGACAACGGAGAGGACAGGUGCUGUUUGUUCUUUUGGCUCUGGCUGUCUGUCUGUGUCCGUGUCUCUGUAUUCUCCUUGGUCAGAGUGAGAUGAGUUACUCAGAUGUUUCCUCGUGUGCGUCUGGCUCCUGAUCACCGGCAUCCACACCGCACGCCACCACUCUUCAGCCAGGUGAAUGGACAAAAGGAGGUCAAUAAAAACAACAAAUGAACUCAGAUCAACCCUGCAGGUGGGCGGGGCAGAAGACUACAACACCUAUGCACACCCCACCCACCCCCCGCUACGCAGGCAUUGAACUUCCUCAACGGGUGAUUUUUUUUUUUUUGUGACCCCAAACCCCCCACCCGUCUCCCUCAAAUACCUAAUAGUGAGCCGUUUGUAAACUGUCUCCGUUUGAUUUGUCGUGGGAAUGGAAGGGGGAGGAGAUAUGGAGUAGGACAUCCAAUCGUAUAGGUCCAUCAUUUCAGAAAUGUCGUCUUAAGAGUAUUACUGUUUUAAGUUAAAUGGAAAGAGAUGCAUUCCUGCAGAUUUUUAUUGUGUGUAAAUGUUUUGAUGGUGCGUACGUCCUACGAGUGAUACCAAGAGCCAGUGUGUGCAUAAUAAUAAUAACCUAAAAGAGCUCAUGUGACAUAAACUAGUUAUAACGCUUUACUUGAGGUGACAUGACAUAGCACCUUUAUGAACACUAUAUUAAGCAGGGCAUAGUGCUUGUCUUGAACUGUAGUCUUGAACUGUUAUGUUUCUCUGCUUCAAGUAAAGGGUUACCAUUUAAAGUCCUGUGUACAAUUCCCUCUGCAAAUGACAAAAGCAGCUCUUCGGUAAGAAAUGUUGGGUUCUUUUCUGUUUAAAAAAAAAACAUUUAAUUUUAAGUGUUGACAAAGUAAACUGCCUUUGGAUUCUGUCUCAUUUAUGUUCCUACAGUCUCUAA